AUGGAAAAGGGAAAUCACUCAGAGGCAACUGAGUUCAUUCUCUCAGGACUGACAGAUCGUCCGGAGCUGCAGGUCCCCCUCUUUGUGGUGUUCCUAUUGAUUAAUGGUAUCACCCUGGUGGGGAACGGGGGGAUGAUCUUGUUAAUCUGGAUUGAUCCCCGACUGCACACCCCCAUGUACUUUUUCCUCAGUCAUUUGUCUUUCUGUGACCUCUGUGUUUCCUUGAUAAUUUCCCCUAAGAUGCUGCUGAAUUUCUUAGCUGAGAGGAAAAACAUUUCUUACACUGCCUGCGCUGUGCAAAUGUUUCUCGCUAUCAUUUUUGGAGAUCUUGAGGGCCUCUUGCUGGCUGUGAUGGCAUAUGACCGUUAUGUGGCCAUCUGUAACCCAUUGCUCUAUACAGUGAGCAUGUCCAGGCAGCUUUGUAUACUGCUGGUGGCUGGGGUGUACGCUGUGGGGGUGCUGGAUUCAGUGUUAAACACGUGUUUUACAUUUCGGCUGUCAUUCUGCAGCUCCAACAUCAUCAAUCAUUUCUUCUGUGACGUCCCCCCACUGUUGGCGCUCUCCUGUUCUGACACCCACAUCAAUGAGAUUCUUUUGAAAAGGAAUCACACUGCAGUGAGUGAGUUUGUCUUGUUGGGAUUCACACAAGACCCAAAGCUGCAGGUCAUCCUCCUUGUGAUGUUUCUGUUGAUCUACCUGCUGAUCCUAGUGGGAAACCUCACCUUGGUCACCUUAAUCAGGACUGACUACCAGCUUCACAACCCCAUGUACUUUUUCAUCAGCAACCUGGCCCUCUUAGAUGUUGGUUACACCACCAUUAUCACUUCCAGCAUACUGAUUACUUUAGUAUCAGCGAGAAAAGUCAUUUUGUUCCCUGGGUGUGCUCUGCAAUUCUUCUUCUUAUGCAUCGCAUUGUCCUGUGAAUGUUACCUCUUGGGUGUCAUGGCAUACGAUCGCUUCAUGGCCAUCUGCAACCCAUUGCGCUACACUGUCAUCAUGUCCAAGCGGUUUUGCAUGCUGCUGGUGCUGGGGUCGUACCUAGUGGGCUGUGCGAAUGCAGUUGUUCAAACUAUGUUUAUAUUCCUUUUGUCCUUCUGCGACUCGAAUGUCAUCAACUAUUUCUUCUGUGACGUACCCCCCAUCCUGAAACUGUCCUGCUCUGACACCCACAUCACAGACAUUGUUCAUUUCACCUGUACUGCUGUGAUGGGAACACCUACUAUCUUGAUCAUCCUUAUCUCCUACAUAUACAUUGUGGUCGCCAUCCUAAGGAUCAACUCUGCCAAGGGCCAACUCAAAGCUUUCUCCACCUGCGCCUCCCACCUGACGGCCAUCACCAUCUUCUACGGAACAGGCUCUUUCAUGUAUUUACAGCCCAGUUCAAAGUACCCCAUAGAUCAGGACAAAAUCAUUUCUUUGUUUUAUACCCUUGUGAUCCCCAUGUUGAACCCCCUGAUCUACAGCCUGAGGAACAAGGAAGUGAAAGAGGCCUUUAUGAGGAUGUUACACAGGAAGAUUUAUUCUCAGUGA